UUGCUAGCAACAAAGGACAUCAAAGGAUAUAUUAAGAGAGCUGUGUCAUCAUCCCUGCAGGCCGAGACAGCUGCUUGUUUUGUCAUAGAGCUGGUCACUGGUUCACGUGAAGACAGCAUUGCUGGAGAAGUAUCCUUCAAGAGUAUUUUUCACCACCGCACCACCAUUAUUUGGCUUCAUCUCUCCACCAUCUGAUCCACCGAAACACGCAUUGAUACAUCUUCCCACAUUGGCUGAAGCUGAGACUGUCUUUGGUAGAUGGAGCAGAGCAGUCAAGGGAGAAAUGAAAGCCAUGCAUUGAACUAUGAUUGUCCAGUGUUCACUGUCAUCAUGACGAAAUUUAACAAAGUUUCCAAAUACCAGGUAGGAGGUUUUGCUUUGUCCACCAUAGCAUGGAUUCUUUGCAUCACCUCCAUGGGCCUCCCACAGUGGCGAGUGUGGUACUUGAAGGAACCCAUGAUCUCUUACUCUAGUGUGGCCUUUGUGGGAGUGUGGAGAGCCUGCGUUAACUACCAUAACAACUUCAGCAAUAUUAGAAUGUGUCACCAAUACAGCUACUAUGACACCUUUAUCCCUUUGGAUAUUCGUGUUUCUCAACACCUGAUGCUGAUCACCAGCAUUUUCUGGCUGGUUGGAAAAGUGGCCACCAUUUUUGCUCUUAGAAAUGUAUACACAGGAAGAGAAGAACUGAAUGUCACCUACAAUGCCUUUGGCCUUUCAGCGGUUCUGAACAUCAUUGCAAGUAGCUUUGUCUUCCUUGCUGUCUUGUGCAAUUAUUUCUCCAUCAUGAACAAAGAGGGGAUUGCAUUUCCACCAUCUUUCCAUAUGCCCUUUUACCCACAUAUUCAGAAAGUUGGGGUUGCCAUGGGAGUGGCAUUUCUAGCGGCCAUCCUGUUUUUGUUCAGUGGUAUGAUUUUCAUUUCUUACACAUUUCCCGUAAACAUCCAAGUCUUUCCUGAAAUCUGAAAAUGAAUUUACUUCACCUUAAAAAAAUCCAAAAUUCCCUGUGGUUAUAGCAAGGAUUUUUGAGAUGUCUACCUAAAUUUUCCAAGGACUCAACAAUGCUCAAGUGGCCUGUGACAGAAAAUGGCCAAAUGGCUCCUUCUAUUAUCUUUUCUGCCUUGUUUCUUCAUUACUUCAUUGGUUGGAUUGUGGACUUUCAUUAAAAU